CACACGUGGUCGAUUCUUCCUCUCGCCUGGUUUGAGCUCACUCAAGUAGAUCAGCCUUCCUUCGAGUAGUAUGAUUGGAAUAGACUCUACUUACGAAGGGCCACCAUCCAGGUCGAUGACUCUAUGUAGCAACGACUGGAAGGAAAAUGAUAACCCAGACUUCGAGCAUCAUCUCCAACAGCUUUCGGAGCGAGCAUCUCGUUUUGCCAUUGACCUGAAUGGCCAGGUUGAUCGAGACACAAAGGAAUAUUUCAUAGGUGGAGAUGCCAUUGUCUACAAGGGGAGGCUCCGACCAGAGGGAACAUUUGUGGCCGUGAAAACAUUUCGUUUCGCACAUAGGGGUGACAGUACAGUGCCCAAGACUAUCUUACGUGAGGUCCAUGUGUGGUCCAAGCUCAUGCAUCCCAAUGUUCUGCCAUUACUCGGAAUCACUACCAAACUCGAUAGUACUAUAUCCAUCAUAUCGAAAUGGAUGUCCAAUGGUAAUGCACAUGAUUAUGUGCAGGAUCCAAAGGUAGAUCCCCGUCCCCUGCUUUUGGGGAUCGCUCGAGGUUUAGAUUACCUUCAUAACCGUUCCCCAUGCCCUGUGUAUCACGGUGACCUGAAAGGCCUCAAUGUCCUAAUAUCUGAUGAGGGGCAUGCCCUUCUUACUGACUUCGGCCUCUCCUACCUUGUUAAUUCCUCCUUCAGCAUGGCUGACCAUGAGCGAUGCGGAGGCUCACUCAACUGGAUGGCCCCUGAGUUGUUGGACACAGAAGGUAACGCUGUGAUGACACCCGCAGGGGACGUGUGGUCAUUCGGCAUGACAGCACUUGAAUUAUUUACUCGGAAAAAGCCAUUCCAUGAGACCGGCCAUCACAUACGCGUGUUAGUUCGUAUCCUGAAUCGUCGGUUACCCUGUCGUCCUUCUGAUGAUUGUACGUGGUCGCGCAUGACGGACGAGUGGUGGAAUCUAUGUUGUUUGUGCUGGAACACCACACCGUCUUUGCGGCCUCCUAUGUCUCAAGUUGUGGACAUGAUCGAACAGACUACUUCCGAAUCUGUCGCUGGUACACUCGGUGGUCCAGCCCAACGAGCCACUUCGCCGCUUACGAAAGUAAUUCAACAAGUGUCUCAGUUCGAUAUUAGUGUGUUUGAGGAAAUUGAAGAGCACCUGGAUGGACCUGUCUUGCGUGGUCGUUAUGCCACUGUAUUUCGCGGCGUUAUUCCUUCCAAGGGAAUCAAUGUGGCGAUCAAGUCCGUCCGGUCAAGUCCCCCAGCACAAGAUUGGGCUAUCAGGCGUGUCCUUCGCGAAGUUGAUACGUGGUCCAAACUCAAUCACGAAAACAUUCGUUCAUUACUAGGAAUCACGUUCAAGUUUGAUUUUACCAUAUCUUUGGUAUUUCCGUGGAUGGAAAAGGGAAACGUCCAUGAUUUUGUCCAAGACACAGCUGUCGAUCCACGCCCACUACUAGUAGACAUAGCGAACGGCCUCCAAUACCUCCAUAACCAUCAUCCACCUAUUUACCAUGGUGAUUUAAAAGGCAGCAAUGUCCUUAUCUCUGAUGACGGUCGCGCCCUGCUGACUGAUUUCGGUCUUCCUUUCCUCAUCAGUCUGGUGUUCACCAUGGGUACAAAUGCCACCAACCAAAGCUCGAUGAACUGGACAGCUCCCGAAGGAUUUGACCAGCCAAGCUUAACCGCUGAGAUGGAUGUAUGGGCCUUUGGGAUGACAGCGCUGGAAUUGUUCACAAGGCAACCGCCGUUCCACGACAUCAAGCAAUGUUCAAGGGUUAUGUCCCAAAUAGCUGAAGGACGUAUGCCAUCCCGUCCAAGUAGCGAUUCCACGUGCUUUCGGAUGACGGACAGUUGGUGGAAAAUAUGUCGUUCGUGCUGGGAACAUGAUCCCUCGUUGCGGCCGAAUAUGCUGGAUAUCGCCAGCCAGGUUAAACAAAUUCCGCUGAAUGACACCAUUUCUAUUGACAACCGGCCAGCCACAUCCGUUCAAAUUGUUCCAUUCUCUCCACCUCGUCCCAAUUUUAUAUUUGAUUGUGUCAGGCUUCAUGAAUUUGUCUCAUCGGGAGAUCGCAGGUUGGUUUCCCCGCAUAUAUCAGACCGUAUGCGGUCUGGUCUCGCUAUUCUUGCUCGCGCCGUGGAAAGUAGCAUCAGAGGCGCCGAGCAGGGAGUGCUGUUGGCUAGAUCCAUAUUGGAGACCGAGAACGAAACAGAACUGCAAGUGCUUACGAAGAAUUAUCAACACCUCUUCAAGGCUAUCCGUGGAAAUUUGAGAGAUGCGCAAAUGGGCUUGGAAACGGUGUUGAGCCAAUGUAAGAAUAUGACGUGGGAACUGGUGAACCACGCCAAGGCCGAUGGAAUAUUGGCUCGUUUUGGUGGAAAGGUAAAAGCGCGGCAUGAUGCAAUGAUGCACCUGCACAGAGUUACCGACACACUGGUGCCGGCCAUUGAUGGCAUGAAUUUGCUCAUAGAUUGGUGGUUUGUGCUCCUCAACGCAGCGGGGGUUUUGGCGGAGGUAGUGCACCACACCAGUGACCUCUUCUGCUUUAGAUGCGAGAUCCAAUGCAUUCCUUCCGUGCAAAAUGGAAAGCACACUCUUAGUUCAUUCCGCCUCCGAGGCAGGCAUGUGCACAGUCAUCCAGUAGUUAGCGCUGCUGGUGAAUGAGUGUCUUCUUUGGCCUCCGACUGAAGUGCAGUGCCAAUCUUCUCUCUAUGGAUCAAUGAAACCCCCCAGUGGCCAGUGUAUUGCUGCAUCUCCGAUUAUAUCGUUUCGUUUCGUUUUCUCCUUCUGUCCAGGCCUUUCUACACGUGUUUAAUAAUGACGGAACACCCUCCUGAGUAAACGCUGGUUAAUUUAUUUUCUGAGUUGUCGAGAUGUUGAGGUCCGAGGCCUCAGACGGUCAGCAUGAAUGGAAGGAAUCGGAAUUAAAUACGAAUAUUUCAUUCACUAGACAGCUGACGACUGCAUCAUACACAUUGCUAGCAUUCGUGCUGUGUCUGACUCGGG